AUGGCACAGAAAGCGAUGCCGGGCACCUCCCUGGAGGGCAUUCAUCCCACCUACAUCUACAAGGUGGUUCUGCUGGGGAGCACGUCAGUGGGAAAGUCAAGCCUGGCUUACCGAUACGUGAAAAAUGACUUCAAGGAGUCGCUGCCCACCGUAGGAUGCUCCUUCUUCACACAGAUGCUCAACCUGGAGGUAGCCACCGUCAAGUUUGAGAUCUGGGACACAGCAGGCCAGGAGAAAUACCGCAGCGUCUGCCACCUCUACUACCGAGGUGCUCAUGCUGCUCUCCUCGUUUACGACAUCGCUAACAAGGAAACACUCAACAGAGCAAAGCUGUGGCUACAGGAGCUGGAGAAGGAAUUCCUUCCUGAUGAAAUCGUCAUUGCUUUGGUGGGCAACAAGGUGGAUCUUGCUGCUGAGCGAGAAGUCGCCACUGAGGAGGGGGAAGAGUUUGCAAGGACCAAAGGCCUCCUGUUCAUGGAGACAUCUGCAAAAUCCAACCACCAAGUAAACGAUAUUUUUAUGGCCGUAGCCCAAGAGCUCCUGCGACGGGAACAAAAGAAG